CUUAACGGAUUUCUAGGAACUGAAUGCAACAUUUCCUUAGAAAUGUUUUAUUUACUCUCUCUUUUUUGCUACAUGUGGGGAAAACCUCCAGAGAUUUGAGGACUGUUUUCCUUACGGGGACAAGGUGGUUGUGUAGCAGAUCCCAACCUGGAUGUGUUUGAAGGCAGGGCAAUGGGUUCUGCCCCAGGUGGUGGCUUGUUCAUUUGUACGUUGACUCAUCAGAUCUGAAUGGGUUGUAACCUAUAUUCAGUUCAUAUCUUUUUAUCUGUUUCCAGUGCAAUGCAAGCGACAUCACUUUUUUUUCCCAUCAGUUAUCAUCUUCUGUAUUUUAAAAUUAAAUGGUCUUGUCACAGAGCUAGGGCCCUCCAAUGCUUUACCCUGCCCUUCCUCAUCACCAAGAGAAAAGAAAAUCAGGGUCGUCGCCCUUCCCGUCUUAGUUCUGCUCCUGCCCAGAAGCUUCUAGCAGCCCCAGGGAAUGAUCUGCAGGACGAAAUGUGUGGCAACAGGUUUCCGUGGCUUGGUUGCAGGGAGCAGGAGUGAAGAGGUGGUGGAGGAGACCUGGUGUGCAGCUGCAGGCAGCAGUAAGGACCAUCGGUUUGGCGCUGUUGAGAGGCAGGGUGUGUGUUUGCUAUUCAGGGAGGGCAGAAUGAAGGUCAUGUGGACGUAUGUUCAACUUAAUGUCAGAGGUUUGAAUUUUGCUAAGCACGAGGGGAUACAAAGACAUAAGAUACAUCCUCCUUCAUGCCAUCUUGAUCUUGUCUCGCCUGUUCUAUAAAAACUACUAACAUUUUUAUAACCCACUAGGAUGUAAAAGGUUGUUUCUCCCUGUUCUGGCUUCUCUCUGCUACCACCUGCUCCUACCGCACGCACCCCCAGACCAGGGGCUGUCUUCAGCUCUGCAGCCUGAACCCUGUGCUCUCCCCGUCUGCCUGUAUCUCUCCUUCCCUGUUUCUUCUCCACCACCUUGGUCUUGCCAAACCCUCCAUGCAGCUAGUGGACAGCCCUCCCCAGCCAGCCUCCUCCCUCUCGGUCAGUUCAACCCUAUGCAUUGCGUAGCUAUGAAUUGUGAAGUUUUUAUUAUUUUUGGUAUCCAGAGUUUUACAUCUGGGUGAAUGUCAGGGACCCCACCUGUCCUGAGUCAGAGGACAAUGGAAAGGAACUGAUACUCUUUUUGUGUGAUUUCUGAGCGAAGAUGAAUUUAGCGGAGAUUUGCGAUAAUGCCAAAAAGGGAAGAGAAUAUGCACUCCUUGGGAAUUAUGACUCUUCUAUCGUGUAUUACCAGGGUGUCAUCCAGCAGAUCCAGAGACAUUGCCAGUCGAUCAGAGAUCCAGCAGUUAAGGGCAAAUGGCAACAGGUCCGACAAGAAUUAGUUGAAGAAUAUGAACAAGUUAAGAGCAUUGUCAACACUUUAGAGAGUUUUAAAAUGGACAGACCUGCAGAUAUCCCUGUAUCCUGUCAAGAUGAGCCUUUUAGAGAUCCCGCUGUUUGGCCCCCUCCUGUUCCAGCUGAACACAGCAUGUUUUUGUUGUGCUUGCUUGUUGUUAGGGCUCCCCCUCAGAUAAAACGUCCUAACCGAGAAGCAAAACCUUUGAGGAAGGAGUCCCCAGGGCUGCAGCCCCGCGGGCUGGCGGGCAGAGCACACGCGGUCUCCAAGGGGGAGAAGUCUGCGGGCAGCCGCGAAAGGGAAUCCCGAGCUAGAGGAAGAGAUGACAAGGGAAAGAAAAUAUCCCAGGAAGCUGGUGAUGGGGAAAUUCCAAAAUUUGAUGGAGCAGGUUACGACAAAGACUUGGUUGAAGCUCUUGAAAGGGACAUUGUAUCAAGGAAUCCAAGCAUUCAUUGGGAUGACAUAGCGGAUUUGGAAGAAGCCAAGAAAUUAUUAAGAGAAGCUGUCGUUCUUCCAAUGUGGAUGCCUGAUUUUUUCAAAGGGAUCAGAAGACCUUGGAAGGGUGUGCUGAUGGUUGGUCCUCCUGGCACUGGCAAAACAAUGCUAGCGAAAGCUGUUGCUACAGAAUGCGGAACGACAUUCUUCAAUGUGUCUUCUUCUACCCUGACGUCUAAAUACAGGGGCGAGUCUGAGAAGCUGGUCCGCCUCUUGUUUGAAAUGGCGAGGUUUUACGCUCCAACAACGAUCUUCAUUGAUGAGAUCGAUUCCAUCUGCAGCCGCAGAGGCACCUCCGACGAGCACGAGGCGAGUCGCAGAGUCAAGUCGGAGCUGCUUGUGCAAAUGGACGGGGUAGGUGGUGCUCUGGAAAAUGAUGACCCUUCCAAGAUGGUUAUGGUAUUAGCAGCUACAAAUUUUCCCUGGGAUAUUGAUGAAGCUCUCCGACGGAGACUGGAGAAGAGGAUUUAUAUACCUUUGCCUACAGCAAAAGGCAGAGCAGAACUACUUAAGAUUAAUCUUCGGGAAGUAGAACUGGAUCCUGAUAUCAGCCUUGAAGAAAUCGCUGAGAAGAUUGAAGGCUAUUCUGGUGCUGACAUCACUAAUGUUUGCAGGGAUGCCUCUUUAAUGGCAAUGAGACGACGUAUUAAUGGCUUAACUCCAGAAGAGAUUCGUGCACUUUCUAAAGAGGAGCUUCAGAUGCCGGUUACCAAGGGGGACUUUGAGCUGGCUCUGAAGAAAAUCUCCAAAUCUGUUUCUGCUGCAGACCUGGAGAAGUAUGAAAAAUGGAUGGCGGAGUUUGGAUCUGCUUAAUCUCAGUGACAGCUCUCCUUUGCUAGAGUUUUAUGGUUUUUGUUGUUUUCACUUGCAGAAUGAGUUAGAAAUCUUUUAAAGGUUUAAUAAAAGGUCUGCCUCUGCCCCCAUCCCACCUCCUUCUGGUGACAAGAUCUUUUAAACUCCAUUUACCUUUAAAGGGAAUGAACACAAUAAUGAGAUGAUACUGUAAAAGAUAUUUUAUCUCUGAAAUAGUAAAAUAAGACAAACAGGAAGGGAAAAAUUAUACUUGUGAGGAUAAUAUUUUUAUUUUUCCAAUGAAGAGCAGUAUUACUUAACCUCCACCUAGUCAUCUUUCAUGGCUGGAAUCAAUAAAUCAGCUGGAGGAUUUGACUCUGGAGGAGCUAACAAGGGCUCGCUGUACCCACUGCUCUUCAGUGCUGCGUUUCUGUUGAGCUGCUGACUCUGCCUCCCUUGAAUGUGGCAUCCAAGUUACUGUUCUCUCUCUGCUCGGCUAUUCAGAGCAAAGCCUGUGGAUUAAUUGCCAUUACACAGAGGAAAUGAGGAUCGGUUUUCCAUCAGACAUGGGCUCGGCUCUCCUCUCAUCUGCACCCGUUUGGAACUGAUGUCACUUCAGACUGGAAUGAUGUUACCUGUGACAGCUUCUGAUGGAGAUGAGAAGAAAAGGGCCGUCAUCGCUCACAGUCUGGUUUAAGCUUGAUCUCUGAACAUAGUUUCUACCAGUUUGACCAGUAGACACUUUGAAGUUUGACAAGUAGGCACUUUGAUUUAAGUUGUCUUGCACUUUUAUGCUUAUGUAUCAGCCUAUACUUUUUCUGUGAUGUCUAGAUAUUAUUAUUACUAUUAUUUAAGUACCAAGAGUUUAAUACAGUAAAGACACUAAUAUCAAGGCUGUCUUUAAAACACAAGGCUGUCCUUAAAACAUGUGGUUGUGGACUUCCACUUCUGAUCAGAAUGAACUCUUUCCUAACUUUACCAGACAAUGGAAUUUGCGCUCAUUUAUGUUGUAGAACUGUUCAUGCUUCCAAUUUUUUUUUAAUGAAGUUUUCUUAAAAAUGUAUGUAUGUUACUGAUUUAGGGGAAAGUAAUCUGUACAAUAUCUCAUUUAUGUUCUUAUUUGUUUCUUCCCUUCCCAUGUACAAGUGCAGGGAUGAGAGGGGCUGGGUUAUAAAUUCUAGCGUGAGAAAUCCUUUCUCUAGAGCGUAACUGUCAUGCAGACUAGAUCAGCUUUUCACAGACUCAGGAUGCGAGUCUGACAUAUGAAGGUUUCCUGUGGUAGGAAGGAGAAGGAGAGGUGAGAUUUACAGAGGAAUAUGCAAGCUCUCCAAUUUUUGGAGAUUUUUGUGAGCUUGCUGUAUCUUGGUGGAUGUGAGUCGCUGUGCGGCUCAGGAGGUAUUCUGCCCUUCGGGUCUCUGCUGAGACUCCUAGUGGCAUAGUCAGAUGGGGCAAACUGGAGCAAGAAACAGAUUAACACUUCCUCUUGAAUGGGAAUAUAUCCUUAUUUGCUCUCUUUGGCUAGUUCUUGGAAAUUCCCAAUAACAUCAGUAAUUCAGCACACUGGUCUCUUGGGCCGUGAACCACUACAACAAAUGCUGCUCAACUCUUUCUACUGUUCAAUAGCAAGGACUGUCAGGAUACGUGCGUGACAGCUCUGCAGCAUCUGUCUGAUUACAUGAGCCACUUCUGAAGCUGUUUUACCAUUGCUGCUCUGCUGUGUCUGUCAUAUUCCUUUCCCUUUCUUUGUAUGCGAAGACCACGUCUCGGAUUGAUCCUGUCAUUUUAAAGGGCUGCCCCAAUUUGCAUGAAGAAACACCAUAGAGAUUCUGUCAGUCUUGCAUUUUCCAUGAAGCUCAGCCAGGGCUCUAGAAGUGUGUUUCCAUGUGGUACUCCAGAAAAACAUCUUCUGGGGCCCCCAGACUGGUUGGGAGACAGCUGCUGUUCACGUCUUUCCAGGGACAGAGCAUCUCCGCUGCCUGCUGUUAGGCCCUGCUACACUCCUGGACAGGAAGGUUAGAGCAGAAAGAACACCAGCUUUUACUCUUCCUACCCACAGGGAGAAUAAAUGUUUAUUUCCUGAGCAGUUUGCAGUAACUGCACAGUGAAGCCCUUGGGAUUCACAAUACCCGUGGCUGUCGGAAGGUGAGCAAGCAGAAGCCUUUAUAGCUCUUUAUGACUCUUUAUAAUUUUUGGAUAAAUUCCUUCCAGGGCUAGUCUGUGCCUUCCAGGGAAUAACUGAACUUUACAGAGGGAAAGCUUUGAAAGCAUUGCUACGGUCUGUCAUUUCUUCCUUAUGAAAGCUGCAGGCUGCAGCCCUUACUCUUUUUGUUUGUUUGUUUGUUUGUUUGUUUUUUACUGCAGCAGAAGUAAGUAAAGCUACACAAAUCUUUUGUGGCCAGUGCCAGAUUAGCACUUUGCGGUCUCUCAUGAGAGAGGCCGUUGCUGCCCAAGAACCUUUCUACAGAAGCAAGAUCUAGAAGGGAAUAGACAUGAGUGCCAGUAACUUACCCAUUUCAGCUGCCCCGGAGCAGCGCUGGGAUUCAGCAGCUGCUGCUUAGAAAGGUCUAAGGACCAGUUUUCUUAGUUUCCUUUUGCCAGCAGCAGUGCCCUUCCUGCUGAUGAAAGCACAGCGUUUAGCAAAAAUGUCAUUCCUUAGCUCUUGGAUGAAGCUCCUACCUUAAGGCGUUAACCUUCCCUCUUGUAUAUUAAGCAAGAUUCACUUUACUGGGCAUUCCCUCUAGUAGGAAUUACUCAGGUGCUGUGGUCUUUUUCUCUAAAGGUCAUGAUUUCUACCCCAAAACGUGUUUUUCCUGUACAGGUCCAUUCAUCAUUUACUGCUGCAGAACAGAAAAGUGAAAGUUUCCAGGCUGCAGAUGUUCAUGGGUACGAUGGUUGUGCCCAAGCAUUGCACCCGUGACUUGGGCUCCGCUAAGUCAGGCACCCUGCAAGGCAGAGACCAUCCCUUCCUUGCUGAGACUUCUCAGGAGGGGUAUCUGGCCCUGAAUGUUGACCCUUAACAUCUUUACCCUGGUGCCCUCACCUGGGUGGGCUUGGAGGCCAGGUUGUUACCUCAAGAGGGGAGCCAGCAGCGGGGUGCAGCAGGGAGCAACCAGGGAAGGAAGGCUGGGCCAACAGCAGCAGCGACUCGAGGCCCUGAGGAUGAGCUUACGGCUCAGCAUACCUCCAGUUCGUGUCCCACUGCAGAAAACCCUUGUGUAGGGGUGUUGGGCUCCUCCGAGAGCAACCCAUGGGUUCCUCAGAGAGCAAUGUGCAAACGUAUCACGGCCUGCUGCGGCAAUUUGUUCCAUCUGUGUCUGUAUGUCUGUGGAGAUACACGUGCACACGUGUGUAUGUGGAUAUAUAGGCACACAAUGUGGUGUGCUUCAGUAGUUUGUACCUAAAUUACAUAAAAAACAUGUUUUGAAGCUGUGUUUAUGUGUCUCUUUCUAAAACAUCUGUGAAGGCCCUCUUGGGUGGCGCUGUUAAUUUCUGUACAAUAAGCAAUCUGGUUGUAUGAAGUAAUAAAUGUACGCGUAGAGUC